UCGGAAGGGUUCAUACAAAGUUCAGUCGCAUAUAUUAGGCUAUUCAAUCUUUCAUUCUCCGUGGCAAAACUAGUUGGAAAUGAGCGGAGCUGGGGGACGGAUAUAAGCCAUUCGUCAUCGGGGGAGAAGAACAUGUGCUUUUAAAAACGCGUCCGCGUUGUUUUUUUUUCAUAUUCUCAAAGAGAGACCGUCCAGCGGAGGCGGUGUGUUACCGCCGCCUUCCCCCGUGCCAGGCAGCCGACAGCGGGGCGACUUGAGUGAGAACACGUCGGCAUGUUGUUGUUAUUAUUAUGAUUAUUAUGAUUAUUAUGGAAGAGUCGCUUUCUGGCGCCCGUGGCGGCGCGCUGAGCGGACCCGGUGCCGCGGAGGAUUUUUGUUUAAAGAAAAUGAACAUUUGAGAGGAAGCGGUGGAAGAUUUGAGGUCCGAAAUAAUUCAUGAUUCCGGUGCGGGACGAAUGAGAAGAAGAGGAGAGGAAUCUGCUGUGCCAAGAAGAACCAGGCGAAGAGGAGGAAGAGGAGGAGGAGGAGGGGGGCUGAAGUAGCGGAGUUUGAUGGAGUUGUGUGCGCUUAUGCCGGUGAUUUUUUCUCUCUCCCCCAAUUCCUUGACGCACAAGACGAGCUGAGCGACGCGCCGCCAACAUGUUCGACUGCAUGGACGUGCUGGCCGUGAGUCCCGGGCAGAUGUUGGAUUUCUACUCGCCCAGCCCGUCCUCCUGCAUGCUGCAGGAGAAGGCUCUGAAAGCCUGCAUCAGCGGACUGGCGCACCGAGAGUGGCAGCACCGCCGGAGCGCACACUCCAUUGAAACACAGAGCACCAGUUCUGAGGAGCUCGUCCCCAGCCCACCAUCCCCGCUGCCCCCUCCCAGAGUCUACAAGCCUUGCUUCGUCUGCCAGGACAAGUCCUCUGGAUACCACUAUGGAGUCAGCGCUUGUGAGGGCUGCAAGGGGUUUUUCCGCCGCAGCAUCCAGAAGAACAUGGUGUACACAUGUCACCGGGAGAAGAACUGCAUUAUCAACAAGGUGACGAGGAACCGCUGUCAGUACUGCCGCCUGCAGAAGUGCUUUGCCGUGGGAAUGUCCAAAGAGUCUGUUCGAAAUGACCGGAAUAAGAAGAAGAAAGAGAGCCCAAAGCCGGAGCUGGCAGAGAGCUACGAGCUGACAGCCGAGCUGGAGAACAUCAUUGAAAAGAUUCGCAAGGCCCAUCAAGAAACCUUCCCCUCCCUCUGCCAGCUUGGCAAAUACACCACGAACUCGAGUGCAGACCACCGUGUGAGGCUGGACCUGGGCCUGUGGGACAAAUUCAGCGAGCUGGCCACCAAGUGCAUUAUCAAGAUCGUGGAAUUUGCCAAACGAGUGCCUGGCUUCACGGGGCUGACCAUCGCAGACCAGAUCACGCUCCUGAAAGCUGCCUGCCUGGACAUUUUGAUCCUGCGCAUCUGUACGAGGUACACCCCCGAAAAGGACACCAUGACCUUCUCGGAUGGGCUGACCCUCAACCGGACGCAGAUGCACAACGCUGGCUUCGGCCCUCUCACUGACUUGGUGUUCACUUUUGCCAACCAGCUGCUGCCCAUCGAGAUGGACGACACGGAGACAGGCCUCCUCAGCGCCAUCUGUCUCAUCUCUGGAGAUCGUCAGGACCUGGAGGAGCCCUCCAAGGUGGACCAGCUCCAGGAGCCACUGCUGGAGGCUCUGAAGAUCUACGUGAGGAAGCGCCGUCCCAGCAAACCACACAUGUUCCCCAAAACCCUGAUGAAGAUCACAGACCUGCGCAGCAUCAGUGCUAAAGGAGCAGAACGCGUCAUCUCUCUGAAGAUGGAGAUCCCAGGUUCCAUGCCGCCGCUAAUCCAGGAGAUGCUGGAGAACUCGGAGGGCCAAGACAGCCAGGGCAACAGCACUUCAGCCAAGGCCGCGGAAGGUGAAGGGGAAGGGGAGGGGAGGGGAAGGGGAAGGGGAAGGGGAAGGGGCCAGCCCCAGCGGCAAGGACAGCCCCCACGAGGACACCCCUGCCCAGGAGUCGCCGGGUUCCUUGGACACAGAGGAGGCUGCAGCCACACCUCCUAGCGAAGAGCCCUAGGAGAGUGCACCCAUGGGUGCCUCUGAGACUUAUUCUGACAUUUCUUUGCACACAAAAAAAGAACAGCCGGCAAGGAGUAGACCCCCCCCCCCCC